AUGUUCUUUGUUGCCAUCUUUGCUCUUCUUGUAGCCUCUGCUUUAACUGACGCCCAGGCUCAGUACUAUUCCUUCUCCACACCAGUGGGCUCAGGACGCGGCAACCCGUACACUAUCACUGGAGAGGGAGGAAUCACAGCUGUAAGAGUUUGGGAAUCGUACUCUAACUACAUAAGAGGGAUCCAAUUCCGCUACGGCUUCUUGUGGUCUCCUGUUGUUGGCUACAAAUACGGCCAGCCCCAAGAGAUGGAGCUGUUUGAAGGCGAGGCCAUCAUCCAGGUUUCUGGAAAAUACGCUCACUACCUGCAGUCAGUGGUGUUCACCACUAACAGGGGUCGCACGCUGAGUGCAGGCCAGCCCUCAGGCCACUCCUUCAACAUGUACCCCACCCACAGCCAAGCCGAGCUGCGCUUCAUCAGUGGCCGGGUCCAUGGAGCCAUCACCUCCAUCGGAGCACACUGGGCCAUUGUAGCUCCAGCUGUGAACAGCACUGCUGGACACUGA